GUUCGGAAAGACACCACUGACCCUGCACUGCAGCUCUUUAGAGCACAGCUGCUCACAAACACAGUCUGAGACCUGAGGACUAUUAAACUGAUGUCCAGUUGUUUGCUUGAAAUCAAAGAUUGAUCGGAGACAUGAACAGAUUUGAUUCCCUCGAAGCGGGGGAGCCACAGAAUGGGACAAAAGCUGCAGGGUUGUUCAAGUUUGUGUCCGAGGCGAAGAGUGAUGUGUGCAGGGAAGGUGGAGAGGAGAGAUCAGAGCCGUCCUGUUGUCUCAGUGUCAGAAACAUUUCCUACACUGUCAGUGAGCGUGUUGGACCAUGGUGGGACUUACGAUCCUGCAGGAAGCGAUGGACUCGUCAGAUCCUCAAUGACAUCUCCUUCCACGUAGACAGCGGGCAGAUCAUGGGUAUUCUGGGUAAUUCAGGCUCGGGCAAAACUACUCUGUUGGAUGCCAUUGCUGGCCGGAUUGGAAGCUCCAGCACUCUGCUGGGCGAGGUCUUCAUUAAUGGCAGAAAACUCAAGAGAGAAGAAUAUCAGGACUGUUUCUCCUAUGUCUUGCAGAGUGAUAACUUGCUGAGUUAUUUGACAGUGGAGGAGACUCUGACUUACACUGCACAGCUGGCCCUGCAGAAACACUCAGCAGAAGCCAUCACAAAAAAGGUGUCGGCAGCGAUGGCUGAGUUGAGUCUGAGUCAUGUGGCGCACAGUGUUAUUGGAGGUCGGAUUUUCCCAGGAAUCUCUGGUGGUGAGAGACGGAGGGUCUCCAUCGCUAGCCAGUUACUCCAAGAUCCAAGGGUUAUCUUACUGGACGAGCCAACCACUGGCCUGGACAGCAUGACCGCCAAUCAGAUCGUGGUGCUGCUGGCAGAGCUGGCAAGGAGGGACCGCAUCGUCAUUGUAACCAUCCAUCAGCCGCGCUCAGAGCUCUUCAGGGUGUUCAGCAGGAUAGCCAUAAUGAGUCGAGGAGAACUGGUGUUUUGUGGUCAGCCUGAGGAAAUGGUGGACUUCUUCAGCCAAUGUGGAUAUGAAUGCCCAGAGUACUGCAACCCUUUUGAUAUCUAUGUUGACUUUACAUCAGUGGACACGCGCAGCAGCGAGAGGGAGGCUGCCACAUUCAGCCGAAUGCACGAGAUCACAUCAUCCUAUCAGAGAUCUGACAUCUACCAGAACAUGCUGGACAAAAUGGAGCAGAGCCUGCAGAUAUCGGACAAACCUGCCAUCCCGUUUAAAAACAAAGAGUCACCCAAUGGUGCUGCUAAGCUUGGAUUUCUGGUUAGGCGAACAGUUCGAAACCUUUCCAGAGACAGAAUUGGUGUUCUCAUGCGUCUGUCCCAGAACCUCAUCUACGGUUUCUUUGUGGCCUUCUUCGUCAUACAUUUAGAUUUGGAUGUCGCCAAGGGUGCGGUGCAGGACCGAAUAGGAAUGAUCUAUCAGUGUGUGGCUGCUUCGCCGUACACUGGCAUGCUGAAUGCUGUUGCUCUCUUCCCUGCGGUGCGAGCCAUUAGUGAUCAGGAGAGCCAGGAUGGCUUGUACAGUAAAUGGCAAAUGUUCUUGGCAUAUAUCAUCCACAUCUUGCCCUUCAGCAUCCUGAGUGUUGUCAUCUUCAGCUCUUUUAUUUAUUGGACAGUAGGGAUGCACCCGGAGACAUGGCGUUUUUUGUGUUUUACUGCUGUAGUUCUUGUUCCACAUAUUAUAGGGGAGUUGUUGACAGUGGCGCUAUUAGGAGUGGUCCAAGACCCUAACAUGGUCAACACUGGAGUGGCUUUACUAAACAUUGCAGGGAUCCUGGUGGGAUCUGGCUUCCUCAGAAGCACGGCGCAGAUGCCGCGGUUAUUUCAGUUGCUCAGCUACCUGACCUUCCAGAAAUACAGCUGUGAACUUCUCAUCGUCACAGAGUUCCUUGAUCUGGAGUUCAUUUGCAAUGCAACGAGACCCUUACCAGGAGCUUGUGUGGUGACUACAGGAGAACAGAUCAUUGACCAGGGAUAUCCUGGUGCCUUGUCCCGAUACACACUAGACUUUGUUCUGCUCUACUCCUUCCUCCCUGCUUUGGUUGUGAUGGGAAUAAUUGGCUUCAAGAUCAGGGACAAACUCAUCCGCCACUAAAGCAAAAAACUUGUCAUUCAAUGACCAUUUUUUGUUAUUUGAUUAAAACAAAAACACAGCUUAAAUCACAUUUGACGACUUAACAUGCUGUUUAUUAUGAAUAACCGUGUCUUCUGCUGAUGCUGCUUAGCAUUUUUCUUCAACAUACAAGAAACAAACCAAAAUAUUUUUUAAAUAUGAAGUCAUUUAGCUUAUCUGUGGUCUGUGGAUUUCUGUCAAUGUUUGCUCUAAGUGUGCAGUCAAUAAUAAUUUAAAUACUUUUUUCUUGAAGCAGAAGAAUUUACCAAAAGUUUAUGAUUAAAAAUAUCACUAUACAGUUAAACAAAAACAUGAGCAAUAAAAAAAUAACUGAAUUCAGCUCUUGCUCAUUUUAAAUAGUCCUGGUAGUCUUCAUUGGCCCCGUCUUCCUUCAUUUUUCUUUAAAAACCUAAUUUGUUACACCAAUGAUCCAACCCUUUUUUAUCUUUCGUUACCAUAUAAGUGAUUAUUUUUAUCAAGUGUUGUAAAACAAAUAUAAUUUUUUUUAACUUGUCAUUCUAACAUUAUUCUAAUACUUGUGUCUGCACUUUAGAUGCUUUGUGAACCGGACUUUAGAGUUCUUAAAGCAAAUGAAAUUAGCAGCUUCCAACAAAAUCUUUUUUUGUAAAAUCAGUUUGAGGUUAUUUCAGCAUGAGAGCAUUAAAAUGCAUUGAAGGAAACACUUGAAACACCAGCAACCUAGAGUUCAUUAUUAUUUUUUAUAUCUUUAUCUAAAUUGACCGAAUCAAUAAAAACAAUGGCAUUACAAACAAGCACACAAAUAACCCCAAAAAGGUUGUGAUAGAAAGAACAUUGGUUGAAGAUGACCAAUGAGAACGUAGUGCAUAGUGCAUGUAAUGUACUCACAAAUUCAGGGAUGAUAAUCAGUGUUAUGAUAAUAUUUCACGAAGGUCAAACCUUUGCAAGAUACUCUACUUAAAACUCCCCAACAUCUGCUGAUUGUACUUCAAAAAUAUUUAAUAAAUAAUUCAUAAUAAUAAUUAGUACUGUCAGGAAUAAGUGACUGUAAAGGAUGUUUUAAUAAUAAAAACUUGUUGUAACUUGUUUUAGGAAGAGCUAAUUUUAUUAGCAGUAGAAUGAACAAUUAGUUUGGUUAACCAAACAUGCAUAAAUUAAUGGAAAAAUAAAAUAAAAUGUAAUGUAAAUGUAAAAAUUAAAUAAAUACAGCAAAAUGUUUGAUAAAUGUACAUAACAAUGCAUGUGUGUAAUAAAGUUAUUUCUUAUGUCUCCA